UUUGCACAUGCAUUAAAAGUUUUGCACGAAGAAAUCAUGAUUAUAUGCAAACGACAGGGUUUCGAAUUAUCACAUUUGGAAUGAUGGAGGAAAGUUUUAAAGAUCCUGACUUUCAGGAGAACUUUGUUGGAAGUAUAUAUGAGUUAUGGAGAAAUGGUAAACUUUGUGAUGCAUCCAUUGAAGUUGGUAGUAGAGUAUUUAAGUUCCAUAAGAUAGUGUUAGCUAUAUGUAGCCCUGAAUUUUUAAACAUGAAUGAAACUAGACUCGUCAUACAACUGCCGGUAGAGACAGAUAUUUCAGCAUUAGAAGCAGUGUUACAGUAUGUUUACAGUGGAGAGCUUAAACUGACAGAGAAUACUAUAGAAUCUGUACAGAAAUUAGCCACUAUGUUUAAAAUUGACAAAAUUCUUGAGUUCUGCGGAACAUUCCAUUCUGAGCUCAUAGGCAGAACUAAAAAUACUGAUGAAAGAAAUAAGUCAAAAAGUGAAAGGCAAUCAUUACAAAGGUCAUGUGGAAUAAAAGCUGGACCUAGGUCUUCCAGGGGUAGGGGCCAAUGGAAAAAAUCUGAAGUUUGUCUUGCUAAUGAACCAUUGCAAGCGUAUGAUUUAGAUACAUGUAGAGAGAGUGCUUGUGUUUCCCCAUCAAAAGGGAAAAGGGGAAGACGGAAAAUGAAUAGCAGAGCUGGUAAAGCCUCUGCUACAUCUUUAUUAAAGGCAUGUAGAUUGAAAUUAGAUACUAGCGAAGAUUAUCUUGAAGAAGAAAAAAUUGUUAAGUUUCCAGUAUUUAAGGACUCUUUAAGAACUUCCCCAAGGAAAAGGAAAAACACAGCUAAACUACAAUCAGAUGUAUUAACAAGUGGAGUUAAAGUAGAACUUGACAAAACUACACAAGAAGUAGCAGAAAAACAAAUUGUGAAAGUAGACAGUAUACGUGACUCAGCUAAACCAUGUACAUUGAAACUUGAACCUACAGCAGGAAAGCAUUCGCCAUUAACAAGAGCAGAAAUUCAGAGGGCAUACAGGGCAAGAAAAAUGGCAAAAAUGAGCCUUGAGGAAUUGGAAGAAUUUAAGAUGAAAGAACGUGCAAGAGCCAGGAAAAACCUCAAAAGUUCAAAGUCUGCGUCUUCUGUUAGUACAGGAAAGGAAAGAAGAAAAAAUGUUGCCAAGAGAGGCUGUAGUAAAAGUAAAUCUACCUUAAAGAAAGAAGCUGAAUCCAUCAAGUCUGAACCUGAAAUAUGUAAGGUUUUAGAACAAGUUAAAAAGAAAAACAAUCGUCAGAAGCGCUACAGGGAUCGUAUGAAAAACAACCCAGACUGGCGGAGAAAGGAGGCUGAACGUACGAGAAAAAGAUAUAUUCCUGUUUCGCAACUCUCCAAGAAAGAGCAAAAACUGAGACGAUUGCGGGAGUCAGAACGGACGAGACUUUGGCGGUUAAAAAAGAAGCUACAAAGGGCGUCCCUUCCUGUUGAAACUGCAGAAGAAGACAAAAGUAUAACUGACAUAAGUGGUAAAAUUUUCGUCUCUCGAAACAUGCAUGAAACAUUCAGUGGUGAAAGUGGACAAGAUAUUGUUGAAAACAGUGAAAUUGUUAUUCCAGAUCAUGCAGAUGCUUGUAUGGUAAACAGUAUUAUACAUUCCUUAAAUGAUCAGUUUCAAUACAUGCUUGUUGGUGAGGGAAACGAUGCUUCUGAAAUUGUGAAAGAAGAAGUUAUAGAUCCUGAAUAUCAUUGUGAAGAAAAUGUUGCUAUUAUUGAACCUGUAACUGAUAAUACUUCAACUGGAAGUGAUAUACAUCAAACUAUAGGUAUUUUUGAAACAGAUUUGUGCAAUAAUGAAAUUGAUCGAAUAGACAAAGGUGACAUUGAUGCUGGUGAUACUUGUAUCAUAAGUGACUUUUGUAUAAAAACAGAAGAUGGGGAGCUGAUUAUUUGCAAAGCUAACCAUGAAAGUGUGAGUGAUGUCAAUGAAGAUGUAGAUAAUGACAAUGAUAGUGUUGAUGAUACUAUACAUGAAGAGACAGUAUAGCAAGAUAUUGUCAGUGAAGAAAAGGAUCAACAAAAUCCAGACAUUGUUAGCCAAAAACAUUAAGUUGUAAAUUGUAAUAAAGCUAUAAAUGAAAAUACCGAAGUAAUAGAAAGUGAAGAAGUGAAUGAACCUGAAGAAGCAGAUCUUUAUACAGUGGGAGGUGAUGAAGGUAGAACUCUUUCUACAGGUAUACAGAGUUUGAAUUAGGAUGAGGCAAGCUAAGAUUUUAUUAUGUAGGUAGAAUAUAUUGUAUUGUUUAGUUUUCAAUAUGUAUAGUCCCAUCAUGAAACUGUUUAUAUCUCUUGUCCAUGCAGUUAACAAUUUCAUAUUUAGGAAGAAGAUAAGUCCUUCUGUUUCUUUUGUGCCAUAACUUAUAAUAUUGUGCCAUCUUAGAUGAUAAGGAUUUUUUUUCAUUACUUUAGGACUGCAUUUAAUACUUUUGGAACUUUGGAUUUUCCCUUCAAUUUAGAAUUGUAGAAUAAUGAAAUCUACUAUGAAAUGAAAAAAAGUUCUAAGCAAAAUAAUGCAUGAAAUUCUAAAUUCCUAAUCUUUUAUUUG